CCGGCCGAUAGCAGACGCGGAGACCAAACACCAAAGGCGACUAAAAGAAAGACCCCUGGUCUGCAUGCAGAAACCAACCACCAGGCUAUAGCCUAGCUUGAUAAAAUCAUAUACUUGCACGAAGAGCUAGCUGUAACUGUAAUAGCCACCGGCCAUGGCCAUGGUUAUGGGUUCCGGGAGCAGUCUCCUCCUCAGCCUCGCCUACCUGCUCUGUGUCUAUGUUGCCCAUGUCACCUCGCUUAGCUUCGACUACAACUUCUCCAUCCCCGGCGUCCUCACUAGCGCUGACAUCAAGUACAUGUCUGACGCCAGUGGUGGCAGCGACCGGAUCGACCUGACGAACGACACCAUCUGGAGCACCGGCCGUGUGGCGUACAGGCAGCCGGUGCAGCUCUGGGACGACGCCGGCAAGGUCGCCAGCUUCACCUCCAACUUCACCUUCGCUAUCAAGCCGCACAACAGCACCAACCAGGCCGACGGCAUGGCGUUCUACGUCGGGCCGUGGCCGCCGAACCUGCCGGGUGACUCCACAGGCGGCUUCCUCGGUCUCUUCAACAACCCCAACAACCCGGCGAACACCGUCUUCCCGCCGACCGUCGCCGUGGAGUUCGACGCGUUCAGGAACGACGGCUGGGACCCCAACAACACCGCGAACCAUCUUGGCGUGGACGUCAAUAACAUCACGUCCCGUGCGUACAUGGCGCUGCCGGCCGGGAGCUUCAACGGGACCAUGUCGGCGUGGGUCAGAUACGACGCCGACAUGACCACGCUGUCGGCGACCCUUCGCUUCGACGAUCUGCCGGAGCUCGGCCUCUACAACGUCAGCGCGAUCGUCGACUUCAAGGACGCCGGGCUGCCGCCGGACGCGGCGGUCGGGUUCUCGGGAGCCACCGGAGAUUUCAUCGAACGCCACCAGAUCCUUUCUUGGUCGUUCGAGUCCACUCUCACCGGCGUCGUCGUCAACGAGACCCAAAACAGAACUACAAAGAUGAAAAACAUAAGCUUAAUAGCCGGACUGGUAUCCACCGGGAUCGCCGUUCUGCUUGUCGUAGCGGUGUGCGUGUGCCUCGGCUAUUGCAGAUACCUAAAAAGGCAGAGUGCGAAACAAAUACAAGAGGCACCACAAGGCACAGACAUGGACGACGAGUUUGAGAAGGGGACAGGGCCUCGAAGAUUCUCCUACACCCAACUGUCACAGGCGACACACGGAUUCUCCGACGACGAGAAGCUCGGCGAGGGCGGCUUCGGAUCAGUCUACCGUGGGUACCUGCAGGACCAGGGGCUCCAUGUAGCCAUCAAGAGGGUCUCCAAGACGUCGAGACAAGGGAGGAAGGAGUACAUCUCCGAGGUGACCAUCAUAGGCCGUCUCAGGCAUCGCAACCUCGUGCAGCUUGUUGGGUGGUGCCACGAGGCCGACGAGCUCCUGCUCGUGUACGAGCUCAUGACGAAUGGCAGCCUCGACGACCAUCUCUACAGCACGAGUGACAUUCUAACAUGGCCAGUCAGGUACAACAUCAUUCUUGGCAUGGGCUCCGCUCUCCUGUACCUUCACCAGGAGUGGGAGCAGUGCGUGGUGCACCGGGACAUCAAGCCGAGCAACGUGAUGCUGGACGCCUCGUUCAACGCCAAGCUCGGCGACUUCGGCCUGGCCCGCCUCGUCAACCACAGCGACGCCGCGCACACCACGAUGCUCGCCGGCACCAAGGGGUACAUAGACCCGGAGUGCGUGGUGACCUGCCGCACGAGCGCCCAGUCCGACGUCUACAGCUUCGGCGUCGUCCUCCUCGAGAUCGCCUGCGGCAGGAAGCCCGUCGUCCCGCAGGAGGACGACGACGACGACAAGGUGCUGCUCGUGCACUGGGUCUGGGACAUGUACGGCAGAGGCGAGCUCCUCGGCGUCGCCGACGCGCGGCUGCACGACGCCGACGACGUGCUGGAGAUGGAGCGGACGCUGGUGGUGGGGCUCUGGUGCGUGCACCCAGACCGCGCGUCCAGGCCUUCCAUCAGGCAGGCCAUGAGCGUGCUGCAGUUCGAGGCGCCUUUGCCGGAGCUCCCGCUGGAGAUUCCCGUGGCGACGUACGGACAGCCUAGUAUUUUCAGAGGAAGUUACCGGUCGAGUACCACAUCUUCGUCGUCCGUCAGUGGAAACACUCCAGCAGGCCACUCAUCGGCUAGUGAUGGGACGGCGGACUCGUCGGUGAAGAGUGACACCCAAGGGAGACGCUCUUUUGUCACUUCCAACACGAGGAAUACAGCAAGAGACAGUGUACGAGAAUCCACCUCGUCAUCACCCAGUCGUGUCUCGGACCGGUCCAGCACUCGUUCAAGCGGUGGACGUACUCUCGGACAGGACUGAGGAAUUUCGUACCACACUCUAUUCUUCGUAGCUUGUAUGAUUUUGAAUAGGCCUAUAUAUUGCCCGUCGUCUAUCA